AUGGGACUCCGCCAGCAAGAAGAAGUAGAAGCACCACAGCCUCAAUCCCCACCACCAACUGAAUCACAAUUCUCCUCAACGCCCUCAGCCUCCACCCUCCCCCCCGAAGCCCUCGCCUUAGCAACCAAACUCUUCAAUCUCGCUCGCACCGGCUCCACACCCGAAUUAGACGCCUACACCACCGCAGGCAUCCCUCUAAAUCUUACCAAUCAUGCCGGCGACACACUCAUCAUGCUCGCCGCCUACCAUGGCCACGCCUCCACUUGCCAGAUGCUCGUGAGUAAAGGCGUGGACGUCAAUGUGUUGAAUGAUCGAGGCCAGAGUCCGAUUGCUGGGGCGGUUUUCAAGGGGUAUGAUGAUGUUGUCAAGGUGUUGGUGGAUGGAGGGGCGGAUUUGAGCGUGGGACAGCCGAAUGCUGUGGAGGCGGCGAUUAUGUUCAAGAGGGAGGAGUGUUUGAGGUUGUUUGGCGUGGAUGGGGAGGGGGUGUCUGUGGGGUUAGGAGUUGGACAUGCUGAGUGA